AUGGUCGCGAACAAGACUCGCUCCGCAGGUCGGGCCGUGCUCAUCAGCCUGGUGCUGCUCGCCGUCAUGCUGCCGCUCCAGGUGCUGGGCCACCUAGAGCCGCGUCAGAAGCACCGCGCAGCCUCUUCGAGCUCGAGUCCGGGUCCGAGCUUGCAGCAAACGCCUGUGUACACGUGCAACGGCAUGACGGCGAUCGAGCGGAAGUGCGGCAACGACUUCAAGACCAACAGCGACGCCAAGCCAUGCACCGGACUCGUUGUCCAGUUCUACAGCGACGACGGAUGCAAGACUCCGACCGGCCGUCCCUACCGGCUGCGCAACAUGGUCCCGACGACCAUCUCCCAGUCGAUCGGAAGCUUCAAGGUCCUCGACGGCGAAAGCACUUCGGUGCCUGUCUUCUUCUCCGGCCUCGACGCGACCUGCGCCGUCGGAAACGGUCUCGCCAUCGACCCCGCCGCGGUCAGGCAGGCACGCAGCCGACCGGGCGGCGGCUGCAUCGUCUCCCCCUUUACGCCCUCGUCGGUCAAGGCCGUCACGUCCCUUGUUGGCAGCAGCAUCCAGCAGACUCCCGCCUGGGAAACGUCGAGGUACCCCACGCGGCGCACGGUUGCCGGCGCACCGCGCACGGUGGGCGUCAUGAACAACGAUGGAGCCACCGUCGAGCUCUACAACGGACCGCGCUGCACCGGCGCAAUGACGAGGCUCAACGUCCUCUAUGGCGGAUCCAUCAACAUCUGCACGCCCGUCAGUCCGGCGUUUGGCCGCUUCCAGAGCGCCAAGGUGGUCGAAAUCUCGACGGACAGCGGCAAGGCGGUGGGCAACACGCUCUCGUUGUCCGUCAAUCCCCUUGACAGCGCACCCGACUCGCUCAGCCACACGUUUGGUUGUGGACGAGAGAGCUACGUCACGGGCCUCUCGAACAGUCGCGACGUCCCUCGGAUCGGCUCUUGCUUUGACCGCUCCGCCCUCACGACGGUCACUGGCAACGGCGUAAAGGGACCGCAGAACGUCGUUAGCGCCCUCUUCCUCCAGACUCAGGACCCCCCGCUUGCCCCGCCCUCAUGA